AUGUGGCAACGAGUGCACCGCUACAUCGUCUUCAAGAUCGACGAGAAGACAGGGCUCGUCGCCGUCGAAAAGGUCGGCGGCGCCGGCGAGAGCUACGACGACCUAACGGAUUCGCUUUCGGACGACGACUGUUGCUACCCGGUCUUCGAUUUUGACUUCGUCACCGUCGCGCAAGAUCUUCUUUCAUUGCCUGAGCGAAGAAGACAGUGA